CCGAAGUUACUUCAGCCGGUUUAAACUGGGGUUUGGGUUCACUAGAAAACCGGUUCAACUUUCGCCGUAUCUUUCCUCCCCUCACCUGAACUCAGCGACAGAUGCUUUGCCUCAAUGAGACGCCUUUCUGCUCUUGCUUCUAGGGCCGAACACAUCCCUAAUCAAACCACACCCAAAUCAACUAUUCAACCAAGAAUUCAACCCAAUUCAUCAUCCAAUUUCACCCCAUCAAUCUCUUCAACAUUCACCACAAAAGGUAAUCUUUCUACCCUCAAUCCUCUAUCUAACAAACCCAUAGAUCAUCACUACAUUUCCCAGCUUCUUGCAAGAAAAGAUUGGUACUUACUGCUAAACAACGAGUUAAAAACCAAUAAAAUUAGCCUAAACCCUAGGACCAUAGUGAGUAUUUUACAAAAUCAAGAAAACCCAUUGCAAAGUUUGCUUUUUUAUUUGUGGGUUUUGAAUAUCAACCCGUUAUAUGCCAAGAAUCAAUCGGUUCGAGGGGUUUUAGCGAAUACCCUUUAUCGAAAAGGCCCGGUUUUGUUAACUAAGGAGUUGGUUGAUCUUGUUAGAAGGUCUGGGUGUUGUGUUACUGAGGAUUCACUUUGUGUUUUGAUAGGAAGUUGGGGGCGGUUGGGUUUGGCUAAGUAUUGUGCGCGAGUUUUCGAUCAGAUUUCGUUGUUGGGGAUUGGUUCUAGUACUAGGUUGUAUAAUGCGGUGAUUGAUGCGUUGGUUAAGUCGAAUGCGCUUGAUUUGGCGUAUUUGAAGUUUCAACAAAUGAAGGCGGAUAGAUGCGAUCCGGAUAGGUUUACGUAUAAUUUUUUGAUUCAUGGAGUUUGUAAAGCUGGAGUUGUGGAUGAGGGUUUAAGGUUAGUGAAGCAAAUGCAGGAAAUGGGAUAUUCGCCGAAUGUGUUCACGUAUACGAUACUUGUUGACGGGUAUUGUAAUGCGAAAAGAAUUAAGGAAGCGUUUAACGUUUUAGAGAGAAUGAAGGAGAGUAAUGUGAAGCCGAAUGAUGCUACAUUUCGAUCAUUGGUUAAUGGCGUGUUUCAUAACACGAACCCUCUCGAGGCUUUUAAGUUGUUAUCCGAUUUUGUGGAAAACGAACGCGUAUUGCAUGUAGCGGCAUGUGAAGCGGUUUUGCUUUGUCUUUCUAGCAACUCUAUGCCUAAAGAAACCGUUCUUUUCUUGAAGAAAAUCGUCAAGAGAGGUUAUAUUCCCAAUACUACGACAUUAAACAUCGUUAUAACAUGUUUACUUAAGCGAUUUGAUCUAACGGAAACUUGUGAUAUUGUUGAUGGUUUGAUUGCGAGAGGUGUGAAUCUUGGGUUCAAUACUUAUAUUCUUCUUGUGGAGUCUUUAUACAAGAACGGAAAAUUAGAGGAGGGUAAUCGGUAUCUAAAUCAAAUUAUCAAAAACGGGCUUCUAACAAAUGUGAUCUCGUAUAACAUGAUAAUCGAUAGUUUUUGCAAGACGGGUAUGAUCGAUAGAGCUAUGAAAACAUUUCUAGACAUGCUUCAAAGUCACAUUUCCCCUAAUCUCGUUACUUUCAACACUCUAUUAUCAUAUCAUUGCAAGACUGGCGAUAUGCAUGAAUCCCGAGAGCUUCUUAAGAUGCUAUUAAACCAUGGUUUAAAACCCGACGCUUAUACUUUUAGUUCGAUAAUCUACGGUCUUUGUAGGACCCACCAAAUUAACGAUGCUUUCGAUUGUUUGCACGAAAUGGUUGAUUGGGGUGUUCAUCCAAACGCUAUAACAUACAACAUCUUGAUCCGAGCAUUAUGUAUCAUCGGCGAUAUUUCGAAAGCUAAAGCGUUGCUAAAGUCAAUGCAAGUCAAUGGGGUAAAGCCGGAUGUUUUUUCUUUCAACGCUUUGAUUGGUAACUUUUGUAGGAUAAAGGACGUCGAGAAGGCACAAAGGGUCCUCAUGACGAUGUUGACUUUAGGUUUGACUCCGGAUAAUUUCACUUAUAGUGCGUUUAUUAAGAUGCUGUGUGAUUCGGGGAGAUAUAAAGAAGCUAAAGAGUUGUUACAAUCGAUGGAAGCUAAUGGAUGUAGCCCCGAUUCUUUUACUUGUAAUUUGUUUAUCGAUGCGUUAGUUCAGUCGGGUAGGUUCGUUGAGGCACGGGACAUGUUUAUCAAGUAUAAAGAAAAGGGAAUUGUAUUGAAACCUAUAUCUAUUUUAUAAUGACAUUUAUGAGAGAUUUGAGAUUAUUGUUCUUCUUUUCGUACCUUUGGCUUUGAUAAUUGUACAUCAUGGAGUUUCUUUGCCGCCUGCUUCUCUGUUUCUUUCUACAGUACAUCAAGCUACAUAUCAAGGGUAUUUUGGACAUUUUGGAAAUAAUCGAACAAUUUUGGACGGGAGUAUGUUUAUCCAGAUUAGGGUUUUCGGUUACAUGGUCAAAUUCUGUAGGAUAAGAUAUCUUGUGAAGGCCCUUCAAUGCUUCAUUGAGAAACAUAUAUACAUCAGCUGUGAAGAGUCAUGUGCCACCUGAAUACACCAGUGGAUAUUGUAACAGGCCGCUGCUCUCUCACUCGCUGAAUCCUCCACUGCACCACACCACCACUCAAAUGGAAGUCUGCUACACUGCCGCCACUGCAGUUAUUAUUGGUCUUGUGUUGUUGUAAACUAGGGUGUCCACGGUCUGGAUUUGAGGGAUUUUAGGCCAAACCGUUGGUAACACUAACGGGUUUUAAUUAUUAGAAACCAAAACCGAACUGUUAAAAGAUAAAAACCAAACCGUGGCUAAGGGUUUGUCUCCGACUUGAACGGUUUCACGGUUUUAAACUGAACCAUGAACAUCCCUACUGUAAACAACUGUUAUGGUACUUAGGUGAAUGUUGUAUACUUGUAUAACUAUUUUCAUUAGUAGUUGAGCUCAAUUGAAUACAUUCUGAUC